GGCCCGGCGAACCCACCUAGAGGGGCCCCCCUGACGCUAGCACGUCCUCUCUCGGGCAGCCGUCACUGCAGCCUGGAGCGGAGCUCUGCUGCAGAAUUAGAGUGUCGCUGAGUCGCCGGCAAGUGGCCCGAGCCUACUGUAAGGAAGGGAAGGGGGGCGGCAAAGGGGGCGCGGGCAAUUAGCGCCCUGGCGGGAAGCGAGCGAAAAGCCGGCUGCUGCUGCUGCUGCCCCCUCUGCAGUGGCGUCGGGCGGCCAAGGGCUCUUUCUCGCUGGCCGGAAAACUUCCCAGGGUUUCGUGUGGCUCCUGGCCGGGAGGGUGUCGGACCCGGUCUGGAGAAAAGCCGGUGGCGCUUGGGGACGCCGCCAAAGGCAGAAGAGCCGAGAGGCGUCGGGGAAGGGAUUCUUCGAUUACGUAGGACUAGGGGAAGAAAGAAGUCGGCUUUCCUGCGGGGCGGCGGGCACAUGGCUUGCAUUCCUAAUGUAGCAGCUACUUUGACAAAGCCCGGCUCGGCGGCAGAAACGGCAGCUUCCCGCGCGAUCCUCAGCGGGCUUCCUCAGAAGUAAGCCCCGGAGGUUUGAAUGGGACUGCCACCCCUGGGAAGCGCGCGCGGCUGGCUGCGCUGGUCCUUCGCUUAAGGGCGAGGGGCCGCUUUGUUAUGGGGCUCGGGCAGCGGCGGUGAAUGGGAUCAUGGGAGCCCCCCACCCGAGCAGGUCGCGGCGGUCCUCUCUGAGGAAGCAGCAGGGGAAAGCAUCCUUUCUGAAGGGCCUUUUCCACCCAGGAGCGAGGCAGGAGGCGGCAUUUGCAGAGAGAGAAAGUUUGCUUGACUUGUGACGGAUUAAUCUCCCUCCUUUCUUUCGGGAAGAGAGGAACUGCAUCAGAGCCGCCCCUGAUGAAUAUGUGUUUGAGAAGGAAGAAAAAGCAAUACUCGUUUCUAAAGGACAGCAUGGCCAAAUCAUUGGAAGUUUUGCAUUUCCUCUUAAAAACUGAUCUAGCCCAGCUGACCACAAACUCUCUUUUGACUAAGCUUUCCCUACUGUCUAAAAUGCUGCAAAAGAAGAGGCUUUAAUUUAUACUUGGGGGGUGGGGAUUUCUCAGAGGGGGAACCGUUGCCUUCAUUUUGAAAUAAGUUGUUUUAAUGUAGCUGAUUAGUUUGGUAAAUUGCAAACAAGCAAAGGAGCAGGUUGCAUGAAGGAGUGGACGCCUGGCUAGAAAACCUUCUGGAAAAUCUGUCCUUGGCGCCUGGAGAUUCUCACAGAUGUGGAAUACAAUACUUUUUUUGCAAUAGCCCUUGAUGCUCUCUGAUGCUGCAGUUGUGUUGGAACCGUAUCUAUGAAUACUGGAACAGAUAAAGCUUUCAGACAAGGGAAGGACUGAAAGAACUGUGAACAUGAUGCAUGUGAAUAAUUUUCCAUUCAGGAGGCAUUCAUGGAUAUGUUUUGACGUAGACAAUGGCACCUCAUCGGGACGGAGUCCCUUGGAUCCCAUGACAAGCCCAGGCUCAGGGCUGAUUCUCCAGGCUAACUUUGCUCACAGUCAACGUAGAGAAUCCUUUCUCUACCGGUCAGACAGCGAUUAUGACCUCUCUCCAAAGUCCAUGUCCAGGAACUCCUCCAUUGCCAGUGAUAUACAUGGAGAUGACUUGAUUGUGACACCGUUUGCUCAGGUGCUGGCCAGCUUACGUACUGUACGGAAUAAUUUUGCUGCAUUAACCAACUUACAGGAUCGAGCACCCAGCAAACGGUCACCCAUGUGUAACCAACCAUCCAUUAACAAAGCAACCAUAACAGAGGAGGCCUACCAAAAACUGGCCAGCGAGACCCUGGAGGAGCUGGACUGGUGCCUGGACCAGCUGGAAACCUUGCAAACCAGGCACUCCGUCAGUGAAAUGGCCUCGAACAAGUUUAAAAGAAUGCUCAAUCGGGAGCUAACCCACUUAUCUGAAAUGAGCCGAUCGGGCAAUCAGGUCUCAGAAUAUAUAUCCAACACAUUUUUGGACAAACAGCAUGAAGUGGAAAUCCCAUCCCCAACACAGAAAGAGAAAGAAAAGAAGAAACGGCCUAUGUCUCAGAUCAGUGGAGUGAAAAAACUCAUGCACAGUUCCAGUUUAACCAAUUCCAGCAUCCCCAAAUUUGGAGUUAAAACUGACCAAGAAGAGAUUCUAGCCAAGGAACUAGAAGAUGUAAACAAAUGGGGCCUUCAGGUGUUCAAAGUAGCUGAAUUAUCUGGGAACCGACCUUUGACAGUCAUCAUGUACACCAUUUUUCAGGAACGGGAGUUGUUAAAAACAUUCAAAAUUCCACCAGACAUGUUAAUAACAUACUUGAUGACAUUGGAGGAUCAUUACCAUGCAGAUGUGGCAUAUCAUAACAAUAUACAUGCUGCAGAUGUUGUGCAGUCCACACAUGUGCUGUUGUCAACCCCUGCUUUGGAGGCGGUUUUCACAGACCUAGAGAUUCUGGCUGCCAUUUUUGCCAGUGCAAUACAUGAUGUUGAUCACCCUGGGGUUUCAAACCAAUUUCUUAUCAACACAAACUCUGAACUCGCUUUGAUGUACAAUGAUUCCUCGGUCCUGGAAAACCAUCAUUUAGCCGUGGGAUUCAAGUUACUGCAGGAGGAGAACUGUGACAUUUUCCAGAAUCUGACAAAAAAGCAGAGGCAAUCAUUGAGGAAAAUGGUUAUUGACAUUGUGCUGGCUACAGAUAUGUCUAAACAUAUGAACCUGUUGGCGGACCUGAAAACAAUGGUUGAAACGAAGAAAGUAACUAGCUCUGGAGUUCUGCUUCUUGAUAACUAUUCAGACAGGAUCCAGGUGCUACAAAAUAUGGUACACUGUGCAGAUCUAAGCAAUCCAACAAAGCCACUCCAGCUGUAUCGGCAAUGGACAGAUAGAAUAAUGGAAGAGUUCUUUCGUCAGGGUGAUCGAGAAAGAGAGAGGGGCAUGGAGAUAAGCCCCAUGUGUGAUAAGCACAAUGCAUCAGUAGAAAAAUCACAGGUGGGAUUUAUAGACUACAUUGUUCAUCCUCUCUGGGAGACCUGGGCAGACCUUGUACAUCCAGAUGCCCAGGACAUUUUAGACACCUUGGAGGACAAUCGUGAAUGGUACCAGAGCACAAUCCCUCAGAGUCCUUCUCCUGCCCCAGAUGACCAAGAGGAGGGUAGGCAGGGCCAAACAGACAAAUUCCAGUUUGAACUAACACUGGAGGAAGAUGGUGAAUCGGACACAGAAAAAGACAGUGGCAGUCAGGUGGAAGAAGAUACCAGCUGUAGUGACUCCAAAACACUUUGUACCCAAGACUCAGAAUCCACAGAAAUUCCACUGGACGAACAAGUUGGAGAGGAAGUAGUAGAGGAGGAGGAGAGCCAGACAGAACCUUGUGUGCUAGAAGAAGAACGUUCUCCUGAUACGUAACAGUGUGGCAGCUUCAUAGCUCUCUGUCUGUCCUCCUCUCUUCUCUUUUUUAAAAAAAUAGAAAAUGGUUUCCAAAGUGCAUGUCACACGGCACAACCAUGGUCACGCCUCACUGUCAUCUGCCAGAGAUGUUUGUUGAUCAAAAACUGACCUUGAUUACUCAGUUUGGCACUCAGGAAUAUUGUAACCAGAAUUGUUCAUCUCCAUGGCAUCAGAGAGCAAAGGAGAACACCUGCAAAGAACAGUUUUAAUGAGAGUUCCACUUGGCAGAUACAAUUAGAGAGAGUGUCUACUCCAAGCUGUUUUCAAGAAGAGUAAAGGCUGGCCCAGAGCUAGUGUUUGGUUUUCUUUUUGUGUUCUCUUUUAAUUUCAUGAGAGAGGCAAUUAGUAGCAAUCAUCAUCAGGAUUUAAAGAAAGUAGCCAGCGAGUGAAUCAAGGUUUCUAGUGGAAAAUAAAUGCACUCAAAUAAUGGGACACAACAUGAAUCUGUUAUUACCAGUAGGAAGAUAAAGCUGUGGAAAUGGCGUACUUUUCUAAUUUCAAGUCUUCCUGACACAUGACUGAAAAAAAAAAAGUGUAGCUCAGUGGGUUGCACUGACGCCUGCAUUUUGUAUAAUAUGUAAAAUGGAAAUCUUUUUGUAGAGUUUACUUUUAUUAUUAAAUGUAUUGAGGUAUUAUAUUUAAAAAGAAUGCAGCACCCUCAGAACUUCAUCUGCCACUGAUUCUUUUUUCCCUCCCCAAAGAGUAACUUGCAAGUUUUCAGUACAAAUACGUGCUACACUGGAUUAAUCGAGUUUUAUAUUUGUUUGCACUUAGAUUUUUCAUAAGCAAUUAUUUCACCUCUUCUAGAAUAACCCAUUGCUGUCUAGACCAAUGACAACAUCUAUCCAUAAACCAUUUUCAUUUUCUCCUCCCCCCCCCCUUCCAUUCUGAAUUGCAGAAGCUCCCUUUCACUGUGUUGGCAUUAUUUUCUGGCUUUUAAAAAAAAAAAAUCAUAAUUUUCCAAGAGCAGCAAUACGAAAUCUGCAAUCAGCUCUUUCUCCACCAGAGGUGGCUUAGACUUGCAGGCCCUGCCUUUACUGCUGUGGGCUUUCUCUGCUCAACCAAAAUAUGGUUUCCGAAAUCUAGCCAACCACUAUGACAACAGCUUCCUUGACUUUAGGUUGCGUCCAUAUGGUAGGUGGCUGGAGCCCUGGGGAUUUAGCACUCGGUUCCUUACAGUAGGUGCAAUAGAGUCCACACUCUGGAAGGUGACGACAGUAGCGGCAGUAGAUGUGGGAUCUUGAAGCAGCUUCCAAAGACUAAACUUCUUUCACAGCUCUUCAUAAUGAAAAGUUGGGGAACUCUUUAUGAAUUCAAAUCAGGAUUUGCAAGACUGUGGCCAGUAUGAAUGUGAGUCUGUCUUGCUGUAAAUGCAAAUCUGUUGCUAAUGAUAUUAUUCCUGUUCAGCCAUAACUAGCUGUGCAUGAGACAUCCUUAAUAGCCUUGCUGUUCUACCAAAUAAAUUCUCAUAUGGGGGUGUUCUGAGUGCUGUGACAACAUGACAUUGCAGGCUGUACUUAUACAAACAAUUAGGCCAGGUAUAUGUGGAGUUAUUGAUGUGCAUCUCAGGCUGUUUCCAGCAGUCCCUGACCCCCAUCUGGUCCCCUUAAAUCUGUUUUGGCCAGCAGAUGUUACAUAAACAAUAUUCAGUUGAGGUCUUUUAAUAUCCAGCUUCAUAGCUUUUGACCUUGAUUAUCCCAAUUCCUUUAGGUUUUUAAAUUUAUUUUACUAAUAUCAACCAUAGUCUUAUGGGAAAUAUCCAAUCAGUGAUUUUUUUGGUAGAAAUCAACAGAUAUGCUGAGGGCGAGAAGUUCAUCGUCAAACAAAACUGACAGAUCCAAAGAAACAUAUGCCAAAUAAGGCAUAAGCCCUGAUCCGACACAGAGUUAGCUGCAGGUAAAGCCAUUGGUGUCAUUAGGUUUGACUGCACUUAACUGCACUGGGUUGUUGCUUUAUUGUGCAACUACUGCUAUAGGUGGAGCUGCAUACUGGGACAGGCUUCAGAUGCUGGUCCAUGUCUGUGCUGAGAGACAUGGAGUAUCCUCACCCAACUGUGCUGUGGUUACAACGUACAGCUUGCACUGCCAUGCACAUGACCAUGUGUCAUACAUCCCAUUGUUUCUGCAACUGUGUCAACAUGGAGCAUUUGCUUGCCCAUGUACACCUAGAGCAGUGACCAACAUAUAUAAAGAACAGCUGUUCAGCAUAUACGAAUGCAUAUAGUGUGAACCAACAGUAUCACACUGACAUUAAAUGGAGAGGCUGCAUGGAUGUUUUGACACAAUUGAGCAGAAAUAGAAUUUAGUUUUGCUGAAUCAGGGAAUGUUAUGGCUUUGGUAAGUUAUUGGCUUUUUAAUGAAAGAACUGACUGAUCAUUUGAGAUUUUUUUAAACAUGCAUUUUAAUGUGUCUACUCUACCAUUUAAUGACUUUAAGGGGGGGGGGACUAGCUGGAGAAGUGAAUCAAAGAAUUUCACUGUGUUGCUAUCCCCAUAAACUCAUGUUCUCCCUUUGCUAUUUUAACAUUGUUCAGUCCCCAAGAGUGCCUGGAAUCUUAAUGAAAAAAGCAAUAUCAAUUCCAAAAAACCAAUAUGGAUCUGGAAGGGUAUUUUAUCUGCACUAAAGGCUUAAUCCUAUGAAGUGGGGAGCACUUUUGCUUGAGUGAACAAGAGCAUAUGGAGCUCUGGCCCCAUACACUAACUUAAGCAUGGGAAUCUUUGAUAUAAUGGGAUUUUCCAUAUGCUUAAAUUUUAAAGGUUGGUGGAUCUGGUUAAGUGUGCUUACCAUAUCAUAAGGAUAAAAUUUCAUUAAAAAAUGGAGAUGUAAAGAAAAUACAACCAUAUUGUGUAAAAUACACCCAUACACAUGGACAAUCAAGUUGUAGAAAACACAAUAAGUUUUAGAGCCAGGGAUCGAAUGCACUGUACAAUCUUUUGUUUUUUAUUUUGCCAAAGUGUGCUUUAGCAUUGCACACUGCUUUAAAACAACAAUACUGUCAAAAAGUGACUUUACAUGUUUUCUGUGUUUGUUUGUUUUUUUGCCAUAAGAAAAAAUGCAAUGAGUUGGGUACUGUAUCCGGGGGAAGAGGAAAGAGUGGAAUCUGAACUUGUGUCUGACAGUACACUUUAGCUUGCAAGUUACUGUACUCAGUUAUGCUGUGUGUUUCCUUUUAAUUUCUGUCAUUCUUUAAAAAAUUGUGAUCAGACAAUAUAGGUUGAACAAAUCACAUUCAAACGGUUUUUUUUUUAAAAAAACAACUUGAAUGAAAUGAACUUUACAGAAAGCUUUUGACACUUCUUUUAAAAUGCAUUUAUUUAUUUAUUUUUAUUUGUGCCAUGCAUAUUUUUCUCACCAAAUGACCUUACUUGUAAUAAGUCUUGUUUGUCUCUGUUUACAACCAUGUAUUUAUUGUAAUGUAUAUACUGUAAUGUUAAUUGUAAAUUAUAAGUUCUUAUUAUAACAUCAUCCUUGCUUGGGUGGUGUUGCUAUAUUUGGAAACUCUUGGUGAGAAGAGAAUUAAUAUUGUGUAUACAUUAAUCCCUUUGUACAUUCUUCCUCCCACCCUGUAAUAUAUCCUCUGUCACCUUAGAGCUUGUUUAUGGAAGAGUUGAGAAAAAAUAUUAAAAAAUAAAUAUAUAAAUUAAAAGCUGCAGGUCUUUGGUCCCAGGGCUGUGCCUUAACUUUAAAUGAUAUUUUCUUCUUGUUUUGCUGCAUUUGAAAGAGAGGUCAUUAUGGAACAUGGGCUGGGCAUAUCUCCACCAUCCAUUUUGGCUGUUUGGGGGACUUAGGUGGCUGUGGCCCCAAUCUAGGACACUCCUCCCCCCCCCCCCCAGUUCCUGUGGGCUUUUACCAAAGCUCAAAUGGGUACAUACUUGGGCAUCAGCACCCCCUGCCUAUUGGGAGGGGGGUACUUUCCCAUUUCAAAAUGUCUCUCAAGGGAUCAUUGCCCAUCCUCCUUUCUUAAAAGAAACACAAUCACCAUUUAAGCUAACAAAAGUGAGUAUAAUUGAUCCGGGGAAAAUUUGUACUCCACCAGGUGAAUUCCCAUUCAUUUUAAUGCUGGAAAUGUUUUGUGUCUGUUAUCCUUAAUGCUGGAUUGUCCGUUAGAGUUCCUUCAUUGUCCAUGGGAAAUAUCUAUGUCAAACCUUUCCCCUCUCCGACACUAAUUAGUGGUUCGAGCAGCUAAAAGCUUGCUUCUGUACAACUGUGUCUAUGGAAGUGUGUGUAUAUAUAGCAUAGGUAUAGAGAAUGAACCUAACCCUUUAGAUCUUGGAAUUGGAACACUACCAUUCUCUCCACUACCCCUUCUUUCUGUGUCCUAAAUAUUGUCUUGCAGCUGUUCUCGAUCACGUAAUUUUGUGGUGACAGAUACCUCGCUACCAUUCCAUUCCCGCCCAGCCCUUGUAACCAUGUGACUUGUUCAGUGAAAGGAGAGAUUCUUUUUUCAAGGAAAACCGGAGCCUCCUUUGUUUGACACAAACUGUAGAUUAUAGCAGCCCUGGCCCAAAGGAAUAUUAUUGCUUUUGUUUUAAACAGUAUAAAAGGGACACUAUAACAACAGGAUUACUGAACAAUAUUUUUGUUGUUGUUUUCAGUUUGAUUUUGUUUCCUUUGGGUAUGUCUUUAGAGUGGCAAAUUGUGUGAACAUUGCAAAUAAUUCAACGGUUUCUUAGCCUCUCUUUCAGCCUAUGGGAUAGUACUGUACGUCAAUACCUUCAUAUGAAAUUUUUAUAUGCAAUGGAAAAGCAUGGGUUGAUUCUGCCUAGAUACUGUACUUGACCAUCUUUUUGCAAAUAAAUUUAUCUUACACUAUAA